AGAAAAAAAGGCUGAAAAUCUUCCUGGGCUAGGGUUUUAGCGGCUGUCGAAGACCACGAAACUGAAGGCAAGGGCGUGAGCCGAUACGCUGUGCGAGAGAGAUCGAUGUCGAAGAAGAAUAAUCUUGCCCGCAGAAAAAGGCAGCAUGAAUUCGAUCUCCAAAGGGAGAAAAAAGAUAAGGAAAAGAUGACGAAGAAGCUUCAAGCAAAGAAGAAUAAGAUGAAAGUCGAUAGUGGCGACAAGAAAAAAAAGAGUGGAAGUGGGUUUCAAGUGGGAAAGAGAAAAGUGAAGACCAAAUUGACAGCCUUGGCAAAAGCUAAAGCUGCCCAAGCCAUGGAGGUUGACAAAUGAGGUCCGAUUUGAACAAUUUUAUGCUUAGGUAGUGAAGUUAGCAAGCAAAAUCUCUUGGGAGCUAAAUAUGCUUGAUUUGUUGAGCUUAAUGAUCUGUAAUGUUGAAGGAAGUAUCAUCAUGAAUGUUAUCUUUGCUUUCACAUUUUCUUUACUGAUGUAAUUUUCUUAUGAUGAUUAAUAUUUGAUGAAAGAUUUGGAUGUGGUGGUAA